AUGUGCGUGGCCCACAUAGGCUCAGUUACACGCUCUCCUCCAGCCCCUGUGGUUUACAUGCACUGGCUGAUUCAGGCGCAGCAGGAACAGAAGACCAGUCCAAAGCGGCCGAUGCCCUCACGCUACGGACUCAUCGGGAGCCCGAAAUCCAAACCCGGGUCUCCCACAGUGGGUCAGUCUCUGGAGGACCUCCGCUGCAUGUUCUCCUGGAGCCCCUCAUCACCACGGUGGAGGCUGUGGCUAACGCUAACAACAACUGCUAACAACAACUCGGACAUGGCGCCUCCAUAG